AUGCUACUGAGCGGAGCCCCUCCGGCGGGCUCCGGCCCGGGGCCGCGGGCACAGGGAAGCGCGGGGAGCGGCCCAGGGGGGUCGCGCCGGGGCGCUGGGGGUACCGGAGCCGGCCCAGGAGGGAGCGGCAGUGGCGGAGUAGCCAAGUGGCUCCGGGAGCACCUGGGCUUCCGUGGGGGGGGCGGGGGCGGAGGUGGGGGCAAGCCGGCGCCCCCGGAGCCGGACUAUCGUCCCCCCGUACCCUCCCCGGCCGCACCCCCCGCGCCACCCCCGGACAUCCUGGCUGCCUACCGUCUGCAGAAGGAGCGUGACUUCGAAGACCCCUACUCCGGGGGUCCGUCCGGCUCCGUUGCCCUAGCCACCCCCGUGGUCCCCGGCCCCACGCCGCCUCCGCGCCACGGCUCGCCCCCCCACCGCCUUAUCCGGGUCGAGACCCCUGGUCCCCCAGCGCCCCCGCCCGAGGAACGGAUCUCUGGACCCCCAGGCAGCAGCGACAGGUUGGCAAUCCUAGAAGACUACGCAGACCCAUUUGAUGUCCAGGAGACUGGUGAUGGCCCAGUAGGAGCUUCAGGAGCCCCAGAGAAGGUCCCAGAAAAUGAUGGCUAUAUGGAGCCCUAUGAGGCCCAAAAGAUGAUGGCCGAGAUCCGGGGCUCCAAGGAGACCGCAGCUCAUCCCCUGCCUCUGUAUGACACACCCUAUGAGCCAGAGGAGGAGGGCGCCACCCCGGAGGGUGAGGGGGCCCCCUGGCCCCGGGAGUCUCGCCUGCCCGAGGAUGACGAGAGGCCCCCCGAGGAGUAUGACCAACCCUGGGAGUGGAAGAAGGAGCGGAUUUCCAAAGCCUUUGCUGUUGACAUUAAGGUCAUCAAAGACCUACCUUGGCCUCCACCGGUGGGACAGCUAGACAGCAGCCCCUCCCUGCCUGACGGGGACAGGGACAUCUCCGGUCCAGCCUCACCCCUUCCCGAGCCCAGCCUGGAGGACGGCAGCGCCCAGUUUGAAGGAUCUGAGAAGAGCUGCCUGUCACCGGGCCGGGAGGAGAAGGGGCGUCUACCUCCCCGACUCUCUGCAGGGAACCCCAAGUCACCCAAGCCCCUAAGCAUGGAGCCCAGCAGCCCCCUGGGGGAGUGGACAGACCCAGCACUGCCUCUGGAAAACCAGGUCUGGUACCAUGGGGCCAUCAGUCGAACAGAUGCCGAGAACCUGCUCCGGCUGUGCAAAGAGGCCAGCUACCUGGUGCGCAACAGUGAGACCAGCAAGAAUGACUUCUCCUUGUCCCUCAAGAGCAGUCAAGGCUUCAUGCAUAUGAAGCUGUCUCGGACCAAGGAAGACAAGUAUGUGCUGGGCCAAAACAGCCCGCCAUUCAGCAGCGUCCCUGAAAUCGUGCACCACUACGCCAGCCGCAAGCUGCCCAUUAAGGGGGCUGAGCACAUGUCCCUGCUCUACCCUGUGGCCAUCCGGACUCUGUAGAUGUGAGGCCUGGGCUCUGUGACAGGUCUGGAUCCAGUCCUGUGCCUGUCCCCUGGCUACAGGCUGUGGUCCUUCCUGGGGACAUGAUCUCCCAAGCCUUUCUUCCCCUCUCCCUGGGAUCUAGUGGAAGCUGGAGAUUCCUUAAUUUAUUCUAAAGGGGAAAGGGCUACUGAGGCCUUGGAGUAAGAGGUGGCCCAGAGCUGAGAGAGGAAUCCCUGGAGAGAAAGGAUAGCCCCUGGAGGAAGAGGGCUUCAGAACCGCGGGUCUCCUGUAGAGUUUAAGAUCGGCAGCUCCAGAGCCUUUCCGCCUCUGAGGCAGAGGUGGUGACCCCCUUGCCCACCACCCUCUACUCCCCGGGUCAGUGCGGCGUUGAACAGGACGCGGGCCUGAGGGGCUCCCUGGCCGUAUUCUUCGCCUCCAUCCCCAAUCCACCAGCGGGGCUCAGUCCAGAGUCUGGUGUAGAGCUUGGGGAUGGCAGACGCCUGGGAUGGAGAUGGCGUUGGGGCAGGGAGAGGUGGGGAAGGGCUCGGGCCUGAGGGAACUUGUGCGGUCCCCGGGCUGCCCCGGCACCCGGCCAGAGGCAAUAAAUAAAUCCAGUGC